AACAUCCCUGCUAAAGUUAGCGGGGAGAUUCAUUUAACGGGCCAAAAUGCAAUUUGAAAGCGGUCGCAAUUUGAAACCACUAACAAAGUGCUCACAGAGAGUAACACAAAUGUCCCUCCCAAAAUCAUAACACAAAAGAAACAAGAACAGGCGGCAACCAGUUAGAAAACCAAUACCUCCACGAACAAAAAUAAACAGGCAGGGUUCUGGAAUUAAGAUAAUGGAAGUUCCGCGCGAUCAAUUACAGCUUCUAAUCGACAAUGGCCUUUACGACUCUGCUGAGAUGCUGAAGAACUGUUGCAGUCUUGUGCUAAUACCUGAGAACCAAAGGGAUGCUUUUUGAUGUCUUCGACUACUUCUAGCGUCGAUAUAUCUCCAAGUGCAAGGGCUGAAAACAUGGUACUAUUUGCAGAUGCAUUGUAUGGAAAGAAGGAAUACCGAAGAGCAUUGAAUGUUUACAGAACAGCAUAUCACUGUUCCAAGCUUAUUCCUAAGCAAAGUGUAAGUGGAUCAAGAAAUAUUUUACCUACAGGAAAUAGGAUAUCUUCAACAAAUCCUAUCCAUGUUUCACCCUUUAAUGAGAAUGAGGUUAAGUUCAAAAUUGGGCUUUGUCAUAUGGAUCUCCAUGACAUUAGAGCAGCUCUCACUGAGAUGGAGGGCAUACCAAGCAAAUUAAGAACAUUGCGAAUAAACCUGACAAUGGGUAAAUUGUAUCGUAUGACUAGCUAUGAUCGUGCCGCUCUUAUAUCUUAUAAAGAAUGCCUAAGGCAGUGCCCCUACACUCUAGAAGCAAUUGUAGCCCUAGCUGAUAUGGGAGUACCUUUGAAGGAAAUCCAGUCUGUUCUGCCCCAGGCACAAAGCAAAAGUGGGAGACCUCCAUCUGAUCUUGAACACGUGCGCUGGUUGCAUCGUUAUGCUGAGGCCCAAUGUGCUGUUAUUUCACAAGAUCAUAAGGGUAUGUCAGAACAUUUCAAUAAUCUUUUACAGCGAUUUCCCAACAAUCUCCAUAUAUUGCUUGAGACAGCAAAGGCAGAAGUAGCCGUUGGAAGGAAUGAUGAAGCCCUUCUGAACUUUGAAAAGGCUCGAUCUCUUGAUCCAUACAAUUUAACAGGCAUGGAUGAGUAUGCAAUGCUCUUGCGGACAAGAGCAGACCCUUCUGAAUUGAAUAGGCUGUUAAAUGACCUAUUGCUUACUGAUCCUAACAGGCCAGAGGUUUGGGUUGCAUCAGCUGCUUACUGGGAUAGACGUGAUGAUAAAUUUCGGGCUUUGACAUACGCCGAAAAGAGUGUGCGGGUUGAUGAAAGACAUGUACCAGGUUAUAUUAUCAAGGGAAACUUAUUAUUAUCAUUGAAUCGAGCUGAGGCAGCUGUAAUGUCCUUUAGAAGAGCUCACCAACUGAGGCCUGACCUUCGUUCCUAUCAAGGCCUUGUGCGUGGAAACUUAGCCAUUUUAAGGCCAAAAGAUGCCCUAAUGGCUGCUCGUGAAGCUCUAAAGGCCAUGCCUCAUUCAGCAAAAGCCCUUACUCUAGUGGGUGAUGUCUAUGCACACAAUCCUGAUGCCAGAGAUAAGGCAAGAAAAUUCUAUGAAUCAGCCUUGCGUUUGGAACCUGGCUAUCUUGGAGCUGCAUUAGCCUUAGCUGAUCUUCGUUCUGUUGAAGGACGGAAUGCAGAAGCUAUAGAACUUUUGGAAAUGUACUUAAAAGAUUGGGCAGAUGAUUCACUACACACCAAGUUGGCACAGAUCUAUGCUGUAAUAAGCAAUCUUGAUGAGGCUUUGUCUCAUUACUCUGCAGCCCUAAGAAUAAAUCCAGAUAAUGAGGCAGCCAAAAAGGGACUUGAACGCUUGGAAAGACAGAUGAAGGGUGCAGAUCCAGAUCUUCCUGAAGAAGAUGAGGAAAAUGAAGAAGAUGAUGCCGAAGCUGAGCAGGAGGAGACAGAAUAUUAGCUGCAUGUCAAUGCCGUGGUGUAAGAUAAAUAGGGCUUCAGGAUUGAGUCUCCUAUUUAUCUGUACAAUAUUCACUGUCAAUUUGUGAGGAACAACGUACAUCUAAAAGGUAAGAGUUUUCCAAGUUCAUUGCAACGCUCAUGUUAAUGCUGGCCAUCACCGGCUAUUGUACUAACAACGCUUGGCUCUUUGCUCAAGUUACUGUAUAUUUGAAGCUUUGAAAUGAAAAUUUACUCGAUUCACCAUCUAAUGAAGAUCACUGAUUCAAGCCCAUUCAGAAGUCACAUAAUUUAGCUCUUAUGGGUGACAAGUAGUGACAGUUGAUUGUAACUUGACAACUCUUGGACAUUGUAUACUAAUUCAUAUAUAUAUAUAUAUAUAUAUAUAUAU